CUCGGGUAGCCUACUUCACCUCCUUGCAGCUCACCGAUGCAUCACCUGACAGUCGAGCAGCAGGUUCCCCAAAUCCACAUCAGCGCCGCAGCACCCAGAUCCGCGUCCUCUUCGCUUCGCUGUACCUGCAGGGAAGGAACAGAUUUAGACAGAUGACCUCUUUUUACGACGAGAAAGAUCUGGAGGAAGAGCUCAGUCGAGUCGGCUGCCCAGAUGACGAUUUGGAGUUUGAGUACUUGUUUGAGUAUGAACCACCUGGCAGCGACUUUGCAGGAGGGAAUCAAGAUGAUCCAAACCUUGCAUCUCAAAAAGUCCUCAGUCCUGAGUCUGAUCAGGCUUUCCCCUUGGAGGAGGCUUCCCCAUACGGCAUCAAGUCCUGCAGCCCCUCCUACAGCGAGCACAACACAGAGGUUCUAUCAGGAUAUGAGAACCAGGAGGCCAGACACUACCUGGACAAUACCCGGCCCGCAGGCCUGGCCCUGAGCCCGCGGAUAGAGAUCACCCCCUCCCGUGAGCACUACAACUAUGUUCGGGACUCCCUGCAGAACCACCAUCUGAACAUCAGCCCUAGACCCACCCUCACCGUGCCCGGACAUGAUAACCUCUCCUACCGUGAGCCCCAGUGCCUGAGCCCCGCCAGCAGCAACUCCUCCACCAGCUGGCACUCUGAGAGCUACUCCCCGUGGGCGUCUCCCUGCGUGUCCCCCAGUAGCGGUCAGAACCCCGGUGACCUCUGCCCCCGACUCCAGAACAUCCACACUGGCUCUCCUCGCACCUCUCCGGGCACCUCUCCUCGCACCAGUCUGACUGAGGACGGCUGCCUGGGACCCCGUUCACCUUCCCCUAGACCUGGCUCCCGCUCCACCUCCCCUCAGGGCAAACGCACCUACGACAUGUACAGGAACCCGAGCCUGGUCCCUGGGCACCGCUCCCGCAGCCCCUCCCCCCACAGUGGCCAUGAAGAUCACAACAUAGGAGCCCACUAUCCACACAGCACCCUCGCUGAUGCCAUGAACGGCUUUGGUCAGCCCGGCCUGGUGCCCACGAAAAUAGUCAAGACGUCCAACCAGGUUUACACUCUGUACCCAGAGAACCACCUAGAAGGAAACUACCUGGUGUCCUGCGACCAGGACAUCAAAACCAAACCGGCUCCUGAGCCUUACUUUGUUAUCCCCCCAAUCUGGUCCAAACCUCUGGUCUCCAGCAUCUGCAGCAUCCCUGUGACGUCUGUCCCUCCUCUGGAGUGGCCGAUCCCCAGUCGCACAGACCAGUAUGAACUCCGCAUCGAUGUCCAGCCCAAGCCUCAUCACAGAGCUCACUAUGAGACGGAGGGAAGCAGGGGAGCCGUCAAAGCCCCCACAGGAGGACAUCCUGUCAUUCAGUUACACGGCUACAGAGGCAAGGAGCCGCUCGGCCUGCAGAUCUUCAUCGGCACUGCUGACGAGCGCAUCCUCAAACCGCACGCCUUCUACCAAGUCCACCGCAUCACCGGCAAAACCGUCACGACCACCAGCUACGAGAAGAUCAUCCACGGCACCAAAGUCCUGGAGAUGCCCCUGGAGCCGAAGAACAACAUGAAGGCAAUGAUCGACUGUGCCGGGAUCCUGAAGCUCAGGAACGCCGACAUCGAGCUGAGGAAGGGCGAGACGGACGUCGGUCGGAAAAACACGCGCGUCCGCCUGGUGUUCCGCGUGCACAUACCUCAGCCUGGAGGACAGCACGUCUCUCUGCAAGUGGCCUCGCAUCCCAUCGAGUGCUCCCAGCGAUCAGCACACGAGCUUCCCAUGGUGGAGAAGCAGGACAUGGACAGCUGCUCCGUUCUGGGAGGCCAGCAGAUGAUCCUGACCGGGCAGAACUUCAGCUCAGAUUCCAAGGUCAUUUUUAUGGAGAAAACCCAGGAUGGGCAGCAAAUCUGGGAAAUGGAAGCAACAGUGGACAAAGAUAAGAGCCAGCCAAGCAUGCUGUUUGUGGAGGUGCCGUCCUACAGAGACGCGUCCGCCUGUCAUCCUGUCAAAGUGAACUUCUACGUCAUCAACGGCAAGAGGAAGCGCAGCCAGCCCCAACACUUCAGCUUCACACCACUGGCAUCUCCCUCCAUAAAGACGGAGCCUCUAGACGAGUACGAGGAACACAUGGGAUUCGCUAUGCCUCAGAUCCUGGGCUUGUCCCCUCACUCUUACUACCACAGCCCUCGCAGCAUCCUCCAUCCAGACAACGGCCUGGUCUCCGGCAUGUCCUCCUGCCAGCGCCUCAGCUCCAGCCUGCCAAACCAAGACGCUCGCUUCCCGCAGCAGAGCCCGACUAUCGUGUACUCUCGUGGGGGGAAGAGUCUAAGCGGCACCCCCGGUCUUUACCAGCAGCCUGGAGGGAUGAUCCCCGACCCUCACCGGUCCGUCCUGGUGCACACAGGCUCUCCAGCUCAACCUGGAGGUCCCAUCGGCUCCGGCCAGCACCCGUCUAUCAUCCAGUUCUCCCCGACCAACCACCACCUUCUCCGGGCGGGCGACGCUCACACCCUGCCUCCUCCUCCUCCACAGCAGCCCGACAGCCAGCAGAUCAUCUACUGCGACGGUUACUCCCCACAGGCAGCUGCCGCCCACUCACCCACUCCCCCCCAGGUUCCUCAGGCACCAGUGUCCCACCCCGAGGUCUACCCCACCGUGAUCCAGCAGCAGCCGUACGUGCAGAAGGGGCAGCAGAAAGAACGGGCACCGGCGGGUGAGGGGCAGAUGGAGGGUGCAGGAGACGGGCAGAGGAGGGUGACGGUGAAGGAGGAGAACUUGGACCAGGCCUACCUAGAUGAUGUGAAUGAGAUCAUAAGAAAGGAUCUGACCGGCGUGCAGGCCAGAGGGCAGACAUAGAGGAGGGACCCGAGAGGAAAUGACAACAUAUCCCACCUCCCCUCGGACACACACACACUCACACACACACACACACAUAGUGAGAGAGGGGGAGAGAGAGAGAGGGACGGACAUACACGCAGUCUUUAACCUUCGAGAGAGGUGACGCACAUCCACCAGCAAUCAGACCUUCUCUUCCCUAUUUGUUUUACCCACAGAGAUAGAAACAACCAGCUCCCGGCUGCUGUUUGCUUUGGAUGUUUUCCCAUAAUAAACAGCUUCGUAAGGCGAGAGGAGGAGAGUUAAGCUAACCCGUCAGAAUUAACACACAUCGACAAAUUUCAGAGAUGCAGCAGGAAAAAGUGCCUUAUUGUUUUGUUUUUAACUUAGUGGUUGAAGUUUGAGGAGUCAAAGUUCAAAUCAGUUUAUCCCCAGAAAGAGUCUCACCAUCCAGGCGAUGAAGAGACAUUUAGAUACACUACCAGUCAAAAGUUCAGACACACCUUGGAAUUAUUUAAUGAACAAAAAAGUGUUAAACAAAGCAGAAUAUGUUUUAUAUUUUAGAUUCUGUAAAGUAGCCCCCUUUUUCCCUUCAUGACAGCUUUGCACACUCUUGGUAUUCUCUCAGUCCGCUUCAUGAAGUGGUCUGUUACGGCUUGAGCAAAGGACUAGGACCCAAAUGCAGAGUACAGGGAAAAAGUAUUUAUUAAGCGAAAACCAAGGUUCAACAAAAAGCGCCUUGCGGGUAAAAACAACUGAGAAAAAGUACAAAACUAGGAGUAACACAAAAUCACCCAAAAGGGGAAAAAGGUUCUAUCAAAAACUCACAAACAAAAACUAGGAAUCAAUCCUCUGGAAACAACUCAAGAUAAGUAAACAGAAAAGCGUGGCUUGAAUCUCCUCAGGAGCAAGGCUACAACGGGACAUGGAGCAUGCGGCUAGAGGAAUAAUCUGGCACUGGAGGAGUGUUUGGUGGUGGCUUAAGAAGCCAGUGCUGAUGAGCAGAUCAGGGACAGGUGUGCCUGAUGAGCCUCACUGCUGAGGAGACCGGCCCCGCCCCUACCCAUGCAACCUGCAGGCAGAGAGAGAGAGAGGGUUAGGGCAAAUCACACAACAAAUCAGGACCAUAACAUGGUCUCCUGGACUGGUUUCUAAUGAACAUGAGCCUUCUCAAGAGUUCAUUUGUAGAAUGACUUGCCUUCUUCAUGUGGCUGAGACCAUCAAUUGUGUUGUUCAGAGGUAGGGUUAGCACACAAUGGAUAGUCCUAUUUGACUACUGUUGUAAUCCAGAUUAUGGUAAAACCAGAUUAUUUCAUAGUUUUGAUGUCUUCAGUAUUAAUCUACAAUAUUGGAAAUAAUUCAAAUAUAUGAAACCCAUUGAAUGAGAAGGUGUGUCCAAACUUUUGACUGGUAGUGUACAAGGGAAUGGAAAUUCUGCAGCUUUGAAUGAAGAACUAUAAGUCGUACCAAAAUCCCCCCCCAUACAGAGUUUUAAAAAAAGCUUUAUGCAGCUUUAAGCCAAAAGUUUGUCACAUUUGUAACUUUCUUCUUACCUAAAGUGUGUAUUCUGUUCAUGUGUGUGUCUUCAGUUUUACAUGUAAAGAUUGUCCUGAGCUAACAUGCCGAUCAUCUCGUUCUAAAGUGCAUCUAUCUCAAAGAAGUGAAGCGCACACCGCCUUAACCGUAACACAAAGAACUAUCGUGACACCUCCUAAUAUGCACUGUUUUUAAAAAACAGGGGGUCCAUGUUAUAUAACUUUUUUUAUAUAUAUAAUAUUUGAAUCAUGUGAAUAAUGUUGUGUUUUAUAUGCGUAAAAAUAUAUAUUUGCAUUGCAUUAUAUUCAGCUAGUACUGCCAAAGAUUGCUUGUGAUGCUACAGCGGUGAGUUUACCUUUUUAAAUGGUUUCAAGUUCAAAUCUUGGAAAUGAUUUAAAAAGGCUGAAGAUUUUUGUACACUCAAAUUUAAAGGCAGUCUUGCUUUUUUUAAUCAAAAAAUAUGUCUAUAUUUGUAAUGCUUUAAAUUGUGAUAACAGAAUACUCCAAAGCAUAUCCAGUAUGUUGUGUUUUGUUAUUUUGUAUAGUUGAGUCCAUCAGUAAAGCUAAAUAUGUGCCUAUGCAGAAGCUCCACACUUGCCUUCUAUAUCACACACACUGUUUGCACAGUAGGGGAAAAAGAGUGUGUGUGAUUUCUGUGCUCAUACAGGAUGCGUGUAUGAAAAAAAAGUUGCAUAUAAAAAUAUUUUUGUAUAUUUUAAUAUUUUACUGACUGGAUUGGAGUUCAGAAAAAAGUGCCAUUAAAAAUGUCAAAAUGUUGCAAAUGAAGAAAACACACGACAGAAGUAAAACCUAAGACUGAAACUCAAUGUUUUCUUUGAUAAGGACCGAUUCAUUGAAAUAAGACGUUACUCUCAUUGAGCCAGUGCAGCACAAAAUGCCUUUUUUGAAUGUAGUCAUGUUAAAUUGUUUCCCCUCUUCUGUAAAUAUGUGUCACAAAGUGUGUCCGUCCGAGUGUCCGACCUGUCGUCCAUCAGUCCUGUUUGUGUCACCUGUCUCUGUGUUCUUAAUACACACCAUGAUAUAGUUAUAAUAUCUGUUAUCUGUUUUAUUACAUGUAAAACUCUCUGAAGGGAACUCUGACAUUACUUCUAAGCUUUAAGUGUCUCUUAAUAGGUGAUAUGUUUUGUCAUUAUUUUUUAAUCUGAACAGAAAUCCUUUACAAAGUUAAAGUGUAUUAUUAAUACUGUCCUAUUUUAUUCUCUGUGUUGAUAGCUGUCACAUAUUGUUUUAUUAUUUUAAGUCUACUUUUCUCUGUGUCUCUCUUUCUGAUAUUUUUGUAUCCUUAAAGUAGCAAUAAAUAAUAUCCAUAUUCAUCAUGAG